AUGCCUCUCGAGACGACACUCGACGUCGUCCAUGCGACGUCGGCGUCGUCGCACGGGGAAGCGCGUGCUUCCUCGCGUCCUGGGCCGAAGGCCCCACGGGGACGAUGGCGGAUUGCCGUUGGUCUUUGGCGCGUCAUUGCCGCGGUGCCUCACGCGGUCUUGGCGGUGCUUCAGCGGGUGCGCGGGGGAAUGGCGAGCGGGAAGGCUCGGCGCGCAUUGACGAGGCGUGUGAUGCGGCAGAUGGUGGUGGUGCACGAGGAGGAGACGGAGGUGGUGCUGGAAGCAUUCUGCUCCUUCUUCUUCCUGCUAGCGGCAUACUUCGUGUGCCAGCCGCUGCGCGACGAGGCGGCCAUGAGUCUGGGCACGGGCGCGCUGCCAGGGCUCUUCCUCGCCUCGCUCGCCUCCACCGUCGCCGCUGCUCCGCUGUCGUCCGCACUACUCUCGCGCACGGACAUCAGCAAGGGGCAGGCCCUGCUGCUGCUGUACCGUUUCUUCUCGCUCUGCCUCCUCGGCUUCUUCUUCCUCUACCUCCUCGUGCCACCACCUGCCACUCUCCCUGCUCUGCCCACGCUACCCGACGAGCUGGUGGGGGAGGGAGGGCACACAGUGCAGGCGGCAGUGUACCCCGAUGCUGCUGGCCAGCUCGCUGUCUUCGCUGACGUGUCUCUGCCCUUCCUCGCUGUCCGAGCCGGCCUCUUCCUCUUCGUGGCGCUGCUGAAUCUGUUCGCCAUAGCUGCCAUGUGGGCUCGCCUUGCCGAUGUCAUGACCAGUGAGGCGGGGGCGCGUUUGUUCGGGUUCAUAGGCGCGGGUGCCACGUUCGGCCAGCUCGCAGGCUCGCUGCUCGCCUCCUCGCUCGCUGCUCUGGGGCCCUACCUGCUCAUCCUGUCAGCCGUGCUCAUGGAGGUGGCAGCGCGCUGCUCCACACUCAUAGACGACGGCUCCACGCUGCCCCACGGCAUGCACUCACACCCGACCGACUCUCCUGCGUGUACGCAUGGGGACAUGCCGGAGGAGGGGCACGGGCACGGAUGGUGCUCCCAUGCGCGCCCACGCAAGGGCAAGGGCGUGCCCUUGCUGAACCACACUGCCGUCGCCGUUGCUGCUCCUUCACCUCUCCGCCCGUCCGCCACCGCCCCCCUGUUCCUAUCCUCCUCCUCUUCCUCCGGGGCCCACUCUGCUUCUGUCUGCUCCUACUGCUCGCACCAACCUCUGUACCCCCCCACAGCCAUCGCUGCUGCGCCCUCCCCCUCUCCUCCCCUCCUUACUCCCGCAGCAGACACACCUUCCCAACCGCUCCUCACCCCUCCAGUCCCUACAAACGCUGAUUUCUUCCCCUCCCCCUUCCUCCCCCUCCCCCCUCCGGCCCAGCCCUCUCCGGUUCCCCCUUCCGUGCCCUGUCUGCUGCAUGCGCGCAUGGGAGAGAAUGAAGGGACAGAGAAGGGCGGAGGGGGCGGACUAGGGGCAUGUCGGUUGCAUGAGAGGGGGAUGGUGGGUGGAGGAGAGGAGGGGACGAAAGGUGGGGAAGCAAUGUGUAUUCGCCUUGGCUGUGUCUCUCAGGAUCAAGAGGCACCGUUUGAGUUCACGCAAAUGCUCCCUCACGCAGCCGGAGAGGAAAAGGCUGUAGAAUUGGGGGGGCUGAGGGUGAAGGGAGGAGGUGGGGGAGAGGGAAGGGAAGAAGAAGUGGCGUUGCAAGGCUCCAUACGGCGCCCAGAGGAGCAGUUGAAAGCGGGUGAUGGAUGGAGACGGGGAGGAGGGGUUGGGGAGGGAGGGAGUGGGGGGAGAGACGAUAGGGGGAGCCAGGAGGACGAUUGUGCAGGGGAGAGAAGGGCGGGUGCAGUGCUGCGGUCUGCUGUGUCCUGGCCCCAGAGCCUGGCAGAAGCUGCUGCCGCCGAGGGGCGAGGGGAGGAGGGAGCGUGUGCACGGAAUGGCGGGAAGGGGCAGAGGCGAGGAGGACGAGGAGUGGGGAAUACAGUGGGCAGAGAGUUUGAGUCGGAAAGAGCUGCGGAUAGCGUUGCAAGGUCUUCUGGGCUGGCUGAAGACAGAGGCAGGGAUGCAGCAGUGACGAUUGCAAGAGGAAAUGAUAGAGGUGCAGUGACAGGGGGAGCAGCAGGGGCAAUGAAAAUUGAGAGAGGGGAACUGGUUUGGAGGAGGCGGGGUGAACGAUUGGGUGGGCUGGGUACAGGGGAGGAGGAUGGGGUGGGGGAAAUGCUUGGUAGAGGGGAGAGUGGCAGUGGUCUGUCCAAUGUUGCUGUUUUUCGAAGCACAAGUGGUGGUGCGGCUGUGCCCAUUACAUUGGAUGCAGGAGUAUCUAUUGGGCUUGCAGUGCAACAGAAGCACCUGAAAGGCCUCCUGAAAGGGCACCUGGGAGGAGACACGGGGGUGCAGGCAGGAGGGCAAGCAGCACGAGAAGGGUACGGACUACUCAUGCACUCUAUGUCCACGCAGCAAGAGCAUGUGGACCGUGGUCAAGGCAGUGGCAAACGCUCCUCUCUGGCAGAGGGAGCAGUGGGAGCAGCAGCAACAGCAGCAGCAGCAGCAGCAGCAGCAGCAGAGGCAGAAGCAGCCUUGGAUAUGGGCAAUUCCCCUAGCAAGCUGAAGCCGAGACCGCUGUGGCAGUGGCAGUGGGUGCGCUUGCAGGCUCUGUGGCAAGGGACAGGGAAACAGGAAAGAGCAGAGCAGGGUGGGCGAGGGGCAUGUGGAGGAGCAGCAGAUCGGGACUUGCGGCUGGCAGGCAAUGAGGGCCGUGGAGGUGGCGAGGAGAGUCGGCCAUUGCGGGCGUGCCACUCACUGCCGUGCAGAACAGCAGGUGGGGCAGAGGUGCAGAGAGGCGCAGGGGGGUGUGUGCAGGGAGGAGGGGGAAAGGGAAUGGGGGAUGCAGCUGUGUGCCACAGGUGCAUGGGUGCUGUGAGAGGGCAGAUGGGGGAGGCGAGAGGCGCAGGGGAAGCAGUGUUGCAGGAGGAAGGGAGAGGAGAAGCGUGUGAGGCGAUGGCACAAGGGUGGGCGGUACUUGCCGAGGGGCCAGGCAAGAAUGGCUUAUCCAGUGAUGGCUUGUCGGGCCUCCUGUGUGCACACUGUCAUUCCCAAGAACCCCCAGUAGCACCAGUACCAGCAGCGGCAGCAGCACUAGCACAGCGACAUGUUGAUUGGUGCGGGGCGGAUAGCAAUGGGCAGAGCAGUGCAGGGAAUGGUGGCGAUAUGGCUGAGCGGUGGUACCGUGUGGGAGGAGAGCGCGGGCCAGGGGCAGCAAUGCCUGCAAGCCAUGGUGGCCUUGGAUGCAGGGGCAGCAGCGCGGGCAGGGCGAGCAGCAGGGGCACACGGCAGAGGGGGGGGUUGAGGGAGGUGGUGGCAGGAGUGAGGCUGGUGCUGUCAUCAUCGUACCUGCUGCAUGUGUGCGCCUUCCUCAUGCUCACGGCUGUCGUCUCCUCCUUCUUCUACUUCGAGAGGUCGUCAGUGGUGGCGACAUCGGUGGUGGAUCCAGUGCAGCGGCGCAAGGCCAUAGCCAACAUCAACUCGCUCUCUGCUGUCGCCACAGUCGUCUUCCAGCUCACUCUCACGGGUCGCCUGCUGACAACGUUUGGGGUGGCAGCAGCGCUGGCAGCAUCGCCAGUGGCAGCACUGAUAGGCAUGGCGGCCAUUGCAUGGCAUCCCACACCCCUUGUAGUCGCUGGCUCUGAAGCCCUGCGCAAGGUGGUGACAUAUGUGUUGACACGGCCCAGUCGGGAGAUUCUGUUCACCGUGGUGACACGCGAGGAGAAGUACAAGGCCAAGGUCACAAUAGACACGGUGGUGCAGCGCCUGGGCGAUGCAGCAGCAGCGGGCUUCUUUCGCCUGCUGGGAGGGGUGUUCCUCCUGGGGCCCUCUGGCGUUGCCACCUACACUGUGCCGGUAACUGCCCCUCGCCACCUCACUCACUCUCCCCUCCCUCCUGCUCCCCCUCUCCCUCUCGCCCAUCCCACCUCCAUACCCGGAGCCUGA